UUCGUUGGGAGGGGAGACUAAUUUUCAUUGGAUUUCAGAGGAGGUCUCUGCCCAGCCACUAAGAAGAACCACAGUUCCGUGAGCAUCUCACACCGCCCCUUUGCAUUCCCGAGGGUCCCUGGGGCACGCAGCCCAAGGGACCGUCCCUUCCCAGUCCUUCGGAUAAGGCUGACUCCGCUCAAAUUUUCCACUCUUCGGAGCGCGCGUUCCUGCGGACUGCGGAGACGAGGCAGUGCAGUGGCAGGUGCCCUGCGUCUCCAGGCCGGCCUACAGCCCGGGGGACGUUGCCAGCAUCCUCCGGCCCCGGCACUGGGCCUCUGCAGCCAUCUUCAGGGAGGGAGGGUGCGCAGGAGGCGCGGCUCGGGGACGUGGACCCGCCCCUGCCGCCGGGGCCGCCCAGCUUGGCCCAGCUCAGCAGCGCCGCGCCGGGGUUCCGACUUCCCCUCCCAGCCGCGCCGCGGCCUCGAGCUCCCCUCCCGGCCCGCAGAGCCCGCGCUGUGGCCGCCCCGCGCUCGCAGAGGCCGCCAUGGGCCCCGCGCGCUGGCUCGCGCUGGGCAGCAUCCUCGCCCUGGGCGCGCUGCUGGAAGGCCGGCUGGUGGGCCAGGAGGACGCCGGCUUUGGAGAAUGUGACCAGUUCUUCUAUGCCCAGACCCCUCCUGCGGGGCUGGCGGCCGAGGGACACGUGAAGAUCUGUCAGCGCUCCGAGGGCACUGAGCGCUUCGCCACUUUGUACAGCACCCGGGACCACAUCCCCGUGUACUCGGCGUUCCGCGCCCCGCGCCUGGCGCCCGGCGGCGCUGAAGAGCGCUGGCUGGUGGAGCCGCAGAUUGAUGACCCGAACAGCAACCUUGAGGAGGUGAUUCAUGAGGCUGACGCCAUCACCUCUGUGAACAACCUGGGAAGCAAGCAAGCCCUGAAUACAGAUUACCUGGACUCUGGUUACCAGAGAGGACAGCUAUACCCGUUCUCCCUUAGCAAGGAUUUCCACACGGCCACAUUCACUCUCACAAAUGCAGCUCCGAUGACCCCAUCUUUCCAGGAACGCUGGUACAUGAAUCUCAACAGCCUCAUGGACCGGGCCCUGACCCCACAGUGUGGCGGUGGGGACGGCCUAUAUAUCAUCACAGGCGCCGUGCCCUCAGGGCACAGAGUCAAAGACAAAGUGACCAUCCCUGAGUUUGUUUGGCUGGCCGCCUGUUGUGCUAUCCCUGGAGGAGGCUGGGCCAUGGGAUUUGUCAAGCACACCCGGGACGGUGAUGUCAUCGAAGAUGUGAUGGUGAAAGACCUCGAGAAACUGCUUCCAUUGAACCCUCAGCUGUUCCAGAACAACUGUGGUGAAACAGAACAAGACACAGAGAAAAUGAAAAAAAUCCUGGAAAUGGUUAACCAAGUCCAGGAUGAAGAGCGAAUGGUGCACUCCAAAGAGAGUUCUCGUCCCCUUCCCAGCACAGAGAGCAAGAAGUCUGCUCUGCUGCCUCCAGAGGCAUCUGAGGAAAGGAGUAGCUUUCUCGGAAAACUCAUGGGCUUUAUUGCUUCCCCAUUCAUCAAGCUUUUCCAAUUAAUCUGUUACCUUGUGGUAGGAAUCCUGAAAAACACUGUGUAUUUGCUGUGGUGUGUCACCAAGCAGGUGAUUAAUGGCAUAGAAAGUUGCCUUUACCGCCUAGGUUCCGCCACCAUCUCGUACUUCGUGGCUAUUGGGGAAGAGUUGGCAAGCAUUCCCUGGAAGGUGCUCAAAGUCAUAAUGAAAAUCAUCAGGGCCAUUCUGCGGAUCCUCUGUUGUCUGCUGAAGGCCGUUUGUCGCCUUCUGGGCAUCCCUGUCCGGGUCCUUAUGGACGUGGCCACUUUCCCUGUGUAUACCAUGGGCGCGAUUCCAAUCGUGUGCAAGGACAUUGCCGUGGGGCUUGGUGGCAUCGUCUCUCUGCUCUUUGACACUGCUUUUGGCACCGUGGGUGGCCUCUUUCAGGUUGUUUUCAGUGUCUGCAAGCGAAUUGGCUACAGGGUUACUUUUGACAAUUCUGGGGAGUUAUAGAACUCAAAACAUUAAUAGCAUCCCGUCACAGUGAAUUUGAUUUUUUUUUUUUUUAAUAGAAAAAGCCGGAAUACUUUGUACAGUGGGUUUCUAUUCAUUGUCACUGAUCAUUAUGUUUUGGCCUUUGGUGGGGAUGUCUACAUGUUUUUGCAAAGGAAGAUGGUACAAUUUAGACUUGACCCAAGAGAAAUGUUCAGGGUGGAGUUAUGUGUGGGUCAUCUAUCUGCUAUAAUAUGGGCAAACUUCUAAACCAUAACCUUCAGUGUUUUACUCUGAUACAGAUGAUCACCUGAGAUACCCUGGUGUUCAUUUGUGAUCAUUAAAAAUUACAGAAGAGGGAAGAGGACGACUUUAAACCAAAGGGUUUCUGAGAAAAGGAGAGAGGCAUCUUGUUUCUCCUGUUACUCUCUGAGACUUAAGACAACACCGAUAUAAAUAUUCUUGGCCAAUUUGUUAUCAUUUGCUUCUCUUUCUCCCCAACUCAGCUGACCUUGGUGAGGUACAGAUAUGCUUUCCUGUUGAAAUAACUUUUUUAGAAUAUAGAAUCUGCUAUAUCUCUUAGCUUCCCAUGGCUCCCAAGAUCCCAUAAGAUUUUUUUUCUUUUUCUCCAAAGUUGAAUUUGCUGCAUUUUUCUUUUGCAUAAUGAUAAACAUUUUAUGCCAAAUGUGGCAUAACAAACUUUGAAUGCAAGGGUAAGGAUUGUGUACAGGUCUUCUCAGGUAUAAAGAAAGCACCGGGUCAGAGCCCUUUUCUGAGUAGGUGCCGUAGUUUCGAGGAUAUCCCUAGCAAACUUGCAUUAACUUGACAUGUAUUAAAUCAGUGACUGACAAGAUGGAGCUUAAAGACCUACAUGUUAAGCUAGUAUGAAAAUUCAUAUUCUGCAGCCUACUAGAAUCAGUCUUUCUUAUACGUCAAGCACGUACCCUGUCUGUCCUUAAAUGAUUGUUUUGGUACAAAUGUAUAGAAAAGAGCCACAAAGUAAGAACUCUUCUAGUCAUUUUGGAGGGGGCAAAAAAAAUCUAUCUAUCUAUCUAUCUAUCUAUCUAUCUAUCUAUCUAUCUAUCAUCUAUCUAUGUAUCUAUAGAUAGGUAGAUAAAUCUCCAUGUACAUAUAUAUCCAGUUUAUAUAUGUAUAAACUUGAUUGAGAAUUAUCUCUUAGGCAAAUUUUUUGUAGAGUAUUUGAGGUUAGAAAACAUAACUGUCCCAUCAAUGAAAAUUUGGUUUGAGAGCUAAUCCGCAAUGUUUUGGUCAAGUACUUGUCAUUUUAAAUCCUUCACUGAAAAUGAUACGAGGAGGAAGCAGAACCUCCCAGACUUUGCUCUGCCUUCCCCCGCGGAGAAUGACUCAUGUGGAUUUUUCUGAGUGUUCGAAAGCAUUGCUGUGAAGUGAAAAAUGGCCAAGCAUAAAAUACUGGUCUUGGGGGUGCAGCACACCAUUCAUCUGAAAGUCAGAUACAAAAACUUGGGGUCUAGAAAAGCAACAAGGAGAGAAUGAUGAGCCAGCUAUUCUGCAUCGGGUUGGUGGACGAGAAAUGGAAGUGUAGUGAGAUAAAUUUUGCAGACAAAUAAUUGAAUAGGACCCCAAGUGGAAGAGUAGCCAGCAAGCUGCCAUCCUGACCAAUCUGUGAUGCAGGGUUAGGGUGCAUGACACCAGACUGGGAGCUGUGAACUAAAUUUAAGAGUCUUGAGCAGUAUUUUAUCAACACGUCUGUUUGUGAACAUAGACAUCUAUAGCUGGGCUUCCCUUCGUCUCAGCAGCGUGAAGACACAUGGAAGGGUGAGGGUACUGAUGGGUCAAGAAUCCUGCCACGUGAAAGAAAGAGAAUCUUAGAAGUGACCAAAGAGACAGUCUAGCGAAACCCUCAUUUGAUGAGUGAGGCACCGGGAGUCAACAGGCUUGCCUUCAGUUUCACGGCUAACUGUUGACAUUUUAGGAGCCAAGGUCUUUUGCACAUGUCCCAUCACACCUGGGAUGUCAGAUAGGCAGUGUGGUACUAUUCAGAUGCCUCCCUGGACCAUGGCAGAGUUUUCUCCAUCAUCCAUCCCACAAACUAAUCACAGUUGGAUUUGGCCUACGUGAUGACGUGAUCAGCCAUCCAUGCACAACGUCUUGCUUACUGCCUCCCACGGACUCUAUAUUGCCUCGUAGUACACUCUUGCAAACUGAAAGGCCCAAAGAGGUCAUCGAUGGCAGCUCGAACCCCAUGGCACCAUGCAAGGAGCAUGGUAUCCAGACUGCUUCUUGAGAGCCAUUUGAAAGUGUCUUCUGUUUCACUGAUAGUUGUUCAGUGUCUUAUUUAUUGAUUCUUGUGUGGCCAUUUUUGAAAUCUGGGAAGGGAUAAUAAAGCAGAAAAUAUCCUUAAGGUUAGGUGGCUGAGAUCCUCCACGCUGGACCACUCGUGUUGGCUGUAUCUCUGGUUUACUGGCUCUGGCUCCAGCAGGUAACUAAACUGCUGGGCUGCUCCCAAAGAGCUAUUUUGGGCUUUGAGAUGGGAGUUUGGGUUGAUGAACCCCAUCUCUGAUUUGAAGAUUUUUUCUGUGGCUCUGUUAUGUUCUCAGGCCGUCGGAGGUCAACCAACUCUUCAUCAUUAUGGAGCUGCUUUCCUAGUGUGUGGAUCAGCCAUGCUUUGGGGAACUCCUCUUUUCCAUUGUGUCUUUUGAGUAUUGGCUCCUCACUCAGCAUCAAUACUUCCACCUAAAUGCAGACUAGGGAGUUGGGAGAAGGUACUAGAGUGAAGCACUAGAGUGGUCAUUCAUUCAUUCAUUCAUUCAUCCACCAAAUAUGUAUUUGAACAUCAAAGGUUGCAGAGGACACUACAUGGAUCUCAUCUUUGAAGGGUUCAGAAAUCUAGUGGGGAGACCACAUAGUACAACUGAUACAUGUAACACAUCAUAGUAAGUGCUGCAGCAAAGAUACUAGCAGCAUGCUUUCUGGAGCACAGGAGGAAAGACCACAGAACCAUGGCUCUUCGGGAAGCUUUUACAGAGGGUGUCACAAAGCAUUUUGACAUUUUCAAGCUAUGUACAAUACUCUGCACCUUGCAAUGCUCAAUAAAGUAAUUGCUGAUGACUCAUUA